GAAGAAAUGAAAGUGAAAAAAAAGGUUUCAUGGUGAAAAAUUGUUGUUUUAGUAAUUUCAAACAACUAAAAUGAUUAUUGUGUAUAUAGACAUCAUUCUAUUAGUUAUUUUGUUGUUACUCAUAAUAUUCACAUGUUGUUAUUAUGGGUACCGAGUCCACAGAUUGAGGCAAAAUGGCCAAAUUGCUCUAAUAUUGAAGCCUACAAAAGUUCUCUUCACACACAAAAAGGAAGGUGAAGCUGAUCAACUCAGAACUGUCGUCGCCUACCAGAACCCCCUAACUGGAGACUACUGCGUCCACAAGACGAGGUCUCCGAAGGGAUACGUCAACAAUUUAGAGCCUGUACCAGACUCGCCAGAUAGCGGGGUCUCUGAUGAGUAUGAACCUCUUAAUUUGGUACCAACUGUCCCGGACAUCAACCCACCGGGAAUACAUCAGAUUCCUGAUCGAGUGAAACCUCCCAUAUCACCAGUAUAUGACAACAGUGUCAUUAAAACCUGGAAAUGGGAGUACACAGAGUAUCAGAUUUGAUUGCACGAUCACAACGCUACAACUUUAUGGCAACUCGUAAAUUUAUAAAUGUUCUUAAUAUUCGAAUGAUAGAUGACAGCUAUGUCGGAAAAAUUACAGUGAACUAACAUCCAAAUAACAAAAUUGACUGAAGUGAGUACUGCGCACAUGUUAGGAAGACAACAAGAAGAUUUAGCUACUGCGAAAUACGGUUAAAAGGAGUAUUAAGCAUAAAGCGCUAAAUCACCUGCAUCAUAAGCACAGCGCACAUACACACCCUCACUUUCACACCAAGACACAUCACAUAUGAAUUAGAUAAAUGUAUUUAAUACUCUUUAUUGAUUUUUCUCCUUUUGCAAAGUUUCAACCUUUUUGUGUAUAUUACGUAUUUCAUCUUUAGUAUAUUUGUUUUUUG